GGGCGGGGCCGGGCGCAGGUGAGCACCAGGGCUCCAGGGCUCCCGGCUCCAGUCACUCUGGAGACUGAGCCAUGGGGGGAAAGCCGAGUGAGGACGGGGCCUACGGGAAACCGGCCCAAUAUGACCCCUCCUUUCGAGGCCCCAUCAAAAACAGGGGCUGCACCGACGUCAUCUGCUGCCUGCUCUUCCUGGUCUUCAUUUUGGGCUACAUCGCGGUGGGCAUCGUGGCCUGGGUGUAUGGAGACCCCCGGCAGGUCCUCUACCCCCGGAACUCCACGGGAGCCUACUGUGGCGUGGGGGAGAACAGGGACAAACCCUAUGUCCUGUACUUCAACAUCCUCAGCUGCAUCCUGGGCACCAACAUCAUCUCAGCCGUGCAGGGCAGCCUGCAGUGCCCCACGCCCCAGGUGUGCGUGGCCUCCUGCCCAGUGGCCCCAUGGGCCGUGGGAACAAACCAAUUCUCCAUGAUGGUUGGCGAGGUCUUCUACAAGGAGAACAAGAGUGUGUGCCUGCCGGGAGUCCCCUCGGACAUGAAAGUGCUGGAAAGCCUGCAGCAGGAGCUGUGCCCCAGCUUCCUCCUCCCCUCCAACCCAGUUCUGGGGCGCUGCUUCCCUUCUCCUGACGUGAACUUCACACUGCCCCAGGUCCCAGAGAUCAACAACACCUCCAUCUCCCAAGCUGUCAGCGGCCUUGUCGAUGGCCUCAAUGCCCGAGACAUCUCUGUGAAGAUCUUUGAAGACUUUGCCCGAUCCUGGUAUUGGAUUCUCGUUGCCCUGGGCGUGGCCCUGGUCCUGAGCCUGCUGUUCAUCCUGCUUCUGCGCCUGGUGGCCGGGCCGCUGGUGCUGGUGCUGAUCGUCGGGGUGCUGGGCGUGCUGGCCUAUGGCAUCUACCACUGCUGGGAGCGGUACCGGCUGCUGCGGGACAGCAGGGGGCCCUCCCUCUCCCAGGUGGGCUUCACCAUCCACCUCAGCACCUACCAGAGCGUCAAGGAGACCUGGCUGGCCGCCCUGAUCAUCCUGGCCGUGCUCGAAGCCAUCUUGCUCCUCCUGCUCCUCUUCCUGCGGCAGCGGAUCCGCAUCGCCAUCGCGCUGCUCACAGAAGCCAGCAAGGCCGUGGGACACAUGAUGUCAACCAUGCUCUACCCGCUGCUCACCUUCGUCCUCCUGGUCAUCUGCGUCGCCUACUGGGUCACCACUGCUCUGUACCUGGCCACAUCCGGGCAACCCCAGUACGCCUACUGGGUGUCCAACGCCAGCGCGCCAGACUGCAAGGCGGAGCUAGAGCUAGUGAAUCAGUCCUGUGACCCCAUGGCCCAGCCCAAGAACUCCUCGUGCCCGGGGCUGAUGUGCGUCUUCCAGGGCUACUCGUCCACAGGCCCCGGCCAGCGGACCCUCUUCAACCUGCAAGUCUAUGGUGUCCUGGGGCUCUUCUGGACCAUUAACUGGGUGCUGGCCCUGGGCCAGUGCGUCCUGGCCGGGGCCUUUGCCUCCUUCUACUGGGCCUUCCACAAGCCCCAGGACAUCCCCACCUUCCCCCUGAGCGCAGCCUUCAUCCGCACCCUGCGCUACCACACGGGCUCCCUGGCAUUUGGGGCCCUCAUCCUGACCCUCGUGCAGAUAGCCCGGUUGGUGCUGGAGUACAUGGACCACAAGUUGAGAGGAGCCCAGAACGCUUUGGCCCGCUGCAUCGUGUGCUGCUUCAAGUGCUGCCUCUGGUGUCUGGAAAAGUUCAUCAAGUUCCUGAACCGCAACGCGUACAUCAUGAUCGCCAUCUAUGGGAAGAAUUUCUGUGUCUCGGCCAAAAAUGCCUUCAUGCUGCUCAUGCGGAACGUCCUCAGGGUGGUUGUCCUGGAUAAAGUCACAGACCUGCUGCUGUUUUUCGGGAAGCUGCUGGUGGUCGGAGGCGUGGGCGUCCUGUCCUUCUUUUUCUUCUCCGGUCGCAUCAAGGGGCUGGGUAAGGACUUUGAGAGCCCUGACCUCAACUAUUACUGGCUUCCCAUCAUGACCACCAUCAUGGGGGCCUACGUCAUCGCCAGCGGCUUCUUCAGCGUUUUCGGCAUGUGUGUGGACACACUCUUCCUGUGUUUCCUGGAGGACCUGGAGCGGAACGACGGCUCCCUGCACCGGCCCUACUACAUGUCCAAGAAUCUGCUGAAGAUUCUGGGCAAGAAGAACCAGGGGCCCCCCGGGGACAAGAAGGGGAAGAAGUGAGACGAGACCCCGCCGACCCAGGCCUGCGCCCCGACUGUACAGACGCCUCGCCACACUUUGCCUUACAGAUGCCAAGUGUAUAGUAAUUUUAAUAAAAAUUAAAGACCGCUAUUUUUGUUUUCUCAA